AGUGAGCAAAAUUCACAAAUUUUCAAGACACAAAAUUAAAUAUUCUGCUUGAAAAAUCUUAAAUUUCUACUAAAGCCGCUAUAUUCUAGAGAAAUAUAACUGCACAAAAUGUAAUAUUAAACGUCGCAUGACAGAAAUAUCAAACGUAGACACCAUCAGAUGGAAUAUUUUAUUAGGUAAGUAUCGAAGGGGUGAGUCUAUACACGCCAGUAACUGCGAGUUUCAAACAGAAGACAGUUUGUACCUCUCCCAAAACAUUCGUCAUGAAAAACACACUCAAUAUUUCUCUUAGUUAUUAAAUUACUUCAAAAAAUAAUCGGAACAGUAACACACGUUAACUACUAAAAAGUAAUAGGGCUUGCCAUUUACACGAUGGAUAUUUUUAAUAAGCCCUACUACAAAACCACCAAAGAUUUUACUACUUUGAUUGGCCGGUGGCCGUACAUGCCUCGGAUGCGAAGUUUAAUAAUAAUUACCCUCCUAUGGACUGUACUUAUCCUGCAAGCCAUUCCACAAAUUAUUGCUAUGGUCAUGCACUCUAAUGACCGAGAAGUAGUGUUAGAAGCUCUGUCGGCAUUUGCAGUAGAUUGUCUGCUCGCCGCUAAAUAUUUGAACGCGAGUUAUCAUGCAGAACUGAUCCGAAAUUUAUUUGAUAGAGUGCAGAGGGAUUGGAAGUUACUGAUUAAUGAUGAAGAGAAACGUAUUUUACAAUAUCAUUCAGAAAUAGGGAAGUUAUUAGUAACUGGUUACACAGCAUUUUUAUCUGCAUCGGCAACGGUAUUCAUUAUGGAACCAAUUGUACCAAGGUUAUACAGCUUUUUUUCAAAAUCCAAUGCAUCUGUUCCACUUCGAUUUGCCCUUCCGUUAGAAUACGUAAUAUUCGAAAAAGAAAAUCACUAUUGGCUGAUGCUGGCCAUCUCUAAUACGUUUGUUGCCAUAAUUAUAUUUGGUUUUAUUUCGUGCGAUCUUAUUUUCAUCACAUUACUGCAGCAUAUUUGCGGGCAAUUCGCUGUUUUAGGGUAUCGUAUAGAAAACACGCCUACUGCUGAAAUUACAACAAAAAACGAAAAAGAAAAAUUCCUUAGUUAUCAAAAAAUUGAUCAAGAUGUUUCUUACCAACAUUUGGUUUCAUGUAUCCAAAUGCACACCAGAGCUAUUGAAUUUGCAGAGCUUCUCGAAGAGUGUUUUGCUAUGACCUUUGGUGUGGUAGUUGGCUUUAACUUACCAAUGAUAAGCCUUACCGGUUUUCAGAUCAUUACGCAAUCCAAUACAGUACAGCAAAUAUUAAAAGGUUUGACAUUUAUCGGCAGUCAAAUGCUCCAUCUUUUUUUUGACUGCUACAUGUCGCAAAAACUCAAUGAUUCGAGCUCAAAAAUUACUCAAAACAUAGCAAAUUUGAAAUGGUACAACCAUUCCGUAAAAUCUCAAAAACUUUUACUUCUAAUGACUAUCAGAAGUCAGAGGCCUUGCAAACUGACUCCCGGUACAAUAAUGGAAUUGUCGAUCGAAAAUUAUGCAAUAAUGCUAAAAACGCCUGGUUCGUAUUUCACUAUGUUAUUGUCGAUGCAGUAAAAAAUUUACUAACUCUUCAUUUCACAGUUUACGCUAUGAAAAUAAAAGAAUUUAGCAGCUAAAUAAUUAAUUUCACGGAAGAGAACAUCUACGGAAAAAUAUCAAAAAUUUAACCCAAAUCUUAAGCUUUAAUGACAACACUAUGCCCUUGGCAAUAAAAGACUCAUUUAUAAUAAAUGCACUAACUUACUACUAUCAAAAAUGUAAAAGCCUGUACUCUGAAAAACUUACAAAUACAAGAUCUAAGUUGCCAAUACUACCAAAAAUUAACAAAACUAUUAGUGCACAGAAUGCUUAUUAUGUAGCGAUAAAAUAUUAUAACAAACUCCCUGCUGAUAUGAAAACUAUAGAUUGUAAUAAAAAAUUGUUAAAAAAAAAGUUGUUACUGGAUAAGAAACCUUA